CAUUCCAAUUUCCAACUUUUGCAUUUUGCCGCUCUUUUCCUCAUACGAUUGGAAUCGGUGUUUGACUCUGCACGUGGAGUUCACGUGUUCUCCCACAUUCAACAUGUAUAUUAAAAAAAUUAUUAUUGAAGGAUUUAGAACUUACAGGAACAAAACUGUAUUGUGUCUAGAACCUGGGCUCAAUGUCAUAGUUGGAAGAAAUGGAUCUGGCAAAACUAACCUGCUGUGUGCCAUACAGUUUGUGUUAGCACAUGAAUUUCAUCAGCUUUCACCAUCAGAAAGGAAGAAUUUGUUGCACAUCUCUGCUGGAUUUCAUGCUACAUCUGCUUAUGUUGAAAUAAUUUUCAACAAUGAAGAUAAACGUUUACCUGAAGAGGGGGAUGAAGUGAGUUUAAGACGGGAAAUAACAUCAGCUAAAGAUGUUUUCUACGUAAAUGGACACAGUGUUACAAAAGAACAAGUCCUCAAUACUCUGCAAUCUGCUGGAUUGUCCAAAGCAAACCCAUACUAUAUCAUUAAACAAGGAACAAUAAAUGAUCUCGCUACAGCGACCGAUAAAAAGCGGUUAGAACUGAUCACUGAAGUAGCAGGGUCAUUGGUAUGGAAAGAGUUACAGCCUCAAAAUUAUUCACUUCUCAAAGAUGCUGAAGCCCAAAUGGCUCAAUUGGAAGAGUUUAUUGGUGAAACCGAAGAACAUAUGUCUGCUUUAGAGAAAGAUGAACAGCUCUAUCGAAGUUGGUCUGAAUCUAAUACCAAAAAGCGAGUCUUGGAAUGGCUGUUGGGCAAAAAAGAAAAAGAUCGUUUGCAAUCUAGAAUCACAGAUAUGAAGAAAAAAUUGGAUUUGGCUCAGGAUGAUCAAAAUUUGGUGAUCAAUGAAUUUAUGAAAUGUAAGGGUAAAGUGACAGAUGCUGAUAAGUGCAUUAAAGAUUAUCAAGCCAAUAUUCGUACUGCUGAGGGAAAACUUAAAUCUCUUAAGGAGGUUGGAGAAGACUUGGUGACUGAAAACAGCAAACUUGAACUUGAGCUGGCCGACAGGAAAAGUUUAAUAACUGACAAUACAGAAAGGCUCAAUGAAGACUUGCUGCAGGUUGAAGCCGAGAUUUCCUUACAUCAAAAUGAGCUUUCAAUGAUUUGCGAUGAUUAUAAUUCAGCGGUUCAAGAAGAACACGAAGUUAACGCAAGAUUGAUGCUGAGUGAGCAACGCCGUCAACAGUUGUUCGCGAAAUUGGGACGUGAGACGUUAUUUUCUACUAUAGAAGAAAGAAAUCAAUGGAUUAAAGAAGAGCAGAGUAAAAUUUCCACUUUGGUACUCCAAGGAGAAGAAAAGUUGCAUUAUAUAUCUGAGGGUAUGAAAAGGGAAGAAUCCAAAGCAAAAGAGUUGGAAAUAGUGAUCAAGCGACUCGAAGUUGAAAAGAUAACAUACCUGGAGUCACUAAAACAACUAAAUCAAGACAAACAAACAUUAUUAUUGGAGCAAAGAAGAUUGCAAAUGUCCCGCAGUGAAUUAUGGCGAAAAGAAAGUGAAGUGCGUGAACAGUGGCAGGAAUCCCAUGACAAGUCAGAGCAUCUCAAGUGCGAAUUUAUACGUCGGCAAAACCGAAUAUGCAAUCCAAUGCAUAUUGACUUCAUACUCGGCAAAAUGAGACAAGAAGGUCCACACACGCCUGCCUUCAAGAUGGCGUCUCAGUAUCGUGGGUUAGUCAUUGACCAUUUCACAUGCGAAGAGAUAUUGAUCAACGCUCUCGAUGCAGUGGGAGGAAACAAACUUUUCCAUAGUGUCGUCGACACUGCUGAUGCAGCUUCUGAGAUACUGAAAUGGAUUAACAGGGAACCUUACGAAAAUGGAAUCGGAUUACCGGGAACAUUUUGUUUCUACCCUCUGGAUAAAAUCAGACAUCCUAACAGAAUAACGGGAUAUGAUGAAAAUGAGGCUCUUCCUUUCAUGAGUAAGUUGCAUCUGGUCAACGAAUCAAUGAGGAUAGCUGUGGAGCAAGUUUUUGGAAAAAUUCUUCUUUGUAGGAGCUUUCCCAUAGCUCUGAAGGCAGCUAAAAUCCACUCAAUCAAUUGCGUCACAUUAGAAGGAGAUAAAGCAAGUUGGGAUGGAGUUCUUAAUGGUGGAUACCGCAACCCUGCUACCUCUCGCUCCAAGAUUUAUUUUGAUUUAAAAAAAACCGUGGAAGAAGAAAAGUUCAAAUUGUCUUGCUUGCACGAAGUUGAAAUGCAAAUUAAAGAGGUUGAUUUCAAAUGCAAUGAUAUUGUAAGCCAACUACAACGAGUGGAAAACAAAAUCAGCCAAACAAAAUUGGGCAUUCUGGAAGAAGAUCUGAUGAAGCAACGAGGUGCCCUACUUGGUACUAAGCAAGCGAUUGAGGGUAAGAAUGCGCUCAUCAGAAAGAUGCAGCUGUCUUUGGAAGCGAACCGUGCCCAGCUUCGAAUGUUAGAGGACGAGCUUCAGCAGGAAUUUGCUAGUGAACUCGGAUUGGAAGAGAGAGCAGAGGUUGAGUCACUACAUGAAGACAUACACAGUGCGAAAAAAAUGUAUCAAAACGUGAACGUUGGUCGAUUGGAGCUCGAGGGUAAGAAGAGUAUACUCGAGUCACGAUUGAAUGACCAUCUCAUGAGAAAGAAACAAGAUCUCGAGCAAGCCAUCCAUGAGAGAAGCGUCUGCGGUUUGGAUCGAACCGAAGCCAAUCAGCAGGCCAUAAGAGAUAUUGAAGCACAUCUGAAGAAACUUGAUUCGUCGUUAAAGAGAAACAAAGACGAAAUAAGUGCUAUUGAAAACAAAAUCACCGAACUGACGAAUUCUAUUGUAGCAGAAAGAAACAAGUUAGAUAAAUUCAGUAUUGACCUACAGAAACAAGAAAUUCUUUUGGAAAAGAGUCAAGCUGUCACUAACAAACUACAAGAAACUAUCAACCGUAAUAAAGCUGCCGAAGAGGUCAUCACUUCAACCAUGGUUACACUUGAAAAUGUUGAUUCAGAAAACCAAAAGAAAAUUGUCCACCACUACAGAGACUACAACGUUAAAAAUCUUGAAAAAGAAUUAACCUUGGUAAGCGACCAGCUUAAGCGCUUCAAAGGCGUCAACCAAAAAGCAACAGUGGAAUGUGCGUUCACGAAAGAAAAACUGGGGGAAUUAAACGAUCGAAUGAUUCGUUUGAGAAGUAGUCAUGCUAAGUGCAUUGAUUUGAUUACUUAUGUGAAGAGCCUGAAAAAUGAUGCGAUCCAGUAUUCUCUGAUGCAAGUAGCCAGGUCAUUCCGAAGUAUGUUUAAAACUUUGGUUCCUAGCCCGGGGAUAGGCUAUCUAAAAUGGACUUACGAUGACUGCGAUAGUGAAUCAGACAGCGAAGAAGAAGACGAGCCUCAGAUUCCUGAUGUUGACGUGAUCACCGGAAUUGCUUUCAAGGUGUCAUUCACCGGUACGUCCAUCGUUCAAAAUGUGAAUAGUCUUUCUGGCGGCCAGAGAUCAGUCCUCAGUUUGGCUCUAGUUUUUGCUUUCCUCAUGAUGGAUCGUGCACCGUUUUACCUUCUGGACGAGGCUGAUAUGGCACUGGAUAAAGCUUAUCGCUCAAAGGUGGCCUCCAUGGUUGAUAAAUUUUCCCAGCGGUCUCAGUUCGUCGCCAUCACGUUUCGUCCAGAGCUGUUGCCUUACGCAGACAACAUUAUAGGAGUGUCCUUUGAUGCCGCUACCCAGACUAGCCGCGCCGCAUCCAUUACGAAGGAAGAGGCCAACGAUUUCGUAAGCAGUCACGGAAGCGCAUCCAGCAACAUCAGCAGCAGUCGUUCACCUUUCAGCAGCGGCAGCAGCACAGGCAGCAGCAGAAUUGUCGAGCUACCCUGAGUCCCGUUCUACGUUUAUGGUUUUACCUCACUUACUUCUUUUAACUAGUUCUACAAAUAAUAUUUCCAGUUAAUGUCGAGCAACCUUUUUAAAACGCAUAACAGUUCAAAUGUCCCAUUUUAUAUUGUAAGAUUCGUCUUUUAUUAUUUUAAAUAUUCCGUUGGGGUAAAAUAAGUAUUUAUCAGAGAUAGAGUUUUGUACGACCCGUCGAAGCAAGUAGAUUUUUUUAAUUUUUACUACGCGAUUGUACAAUGGAUUUGUAAUACAUAUUUUUCUUCUAGUGCAGAAACGCGAACGUUCUCAACGUUCCGUUCUGCCGUUUUCUUGAA